AUGGAAAAUAAGAUAAAUGAGUUUAGCGGGUUUACUGACAGCAUUGACAUUAGUAAUAACAUUUUUUAAAUUAAAUUUUGCGAAUUGAAUAAUUUGUAUUUUUUAUCCUACUCGAAAAAUGUUCUUAGAUUUUUUUGUUUGACGGAAAAAAAAAUGAGUCCGAAGUUUUUCAUAACGGACCUUUUGUCUAUGGACUUUGACUUAUUACAAUUACAGUGACCUCAGGAACGCGCUUCUUUAAUAGGAACGAAGCUUAAAACGCGUUCCUUUUCAAAUAUAGGAACGAGGAAUGGUUUAUCAACAUACAUUCACCUUAUUUCAUUUAGUCCCUAAACCAGUAUGUAUAUUCAAUAAUUGUAUUUUUGUUAAAGCUAGAUAUAAGUAUUUAGCCGUAAGUCGAUCAAAAGAAUUGUAUUCAACUUACGAUAGUUUCGACCAAAUUAAUUGUAAACGCUCACGUGAUUUCCUACUAUGUUCUGAAAUCCAUCCGUUACAUCCUAGUAGUGGCAAACCCAUCUGCGAAAUUCUCUUAUUGAAAGACUCUAAAGAGGUACCGACGGACUGUAAUUUGUUGCGUGUUAAAAUGGCCAUUUCUGUUUUUCACAAACUCAAGUUUAAAAACGAAUGGUUAUAUUCCACGGAGGGUGAAACAUUGUUCGUCACAUGUAGUGAUGACAAACAGUUCUCCAGCCAUAUCAUUGAGGGAAUAGGGAAGAUCACGUUAAACGAAACGUGCAAAGCUUAUGCCACACGGGAUAUAUUAAUUCUAGGACACCUACACAAUCAGGAGGAGUACCAUGAUUUUGUGCCUAGGUCAGUCAUUCCAGAUUUGGACCAUUUAUUACUAUUAACUGAUACCGGAGAUACUAUGAGAAAUGAGCAGGGGAUCGACAAUCAAAUGAGCGAUCUAAUAAGAGUCGCCAAAACCCAAGGCCAACUUAUGAAUGACAAUUUGGUCAAGCAACUCGGGCAUGACCAGCGUCGCGGCCAUUAUCUAUUAUAUGUCGUUAGUGCUAUCCUAUUCAUAGGAUUGAUCAUACUAGCAGUAAAGUAUAGUAAUGAAGUCAUCACAAAACGGGUCCAAGCAAGAACUCGGCGACCACACCGAGAGGGGAUGGUUUAA